UGGAGAUGCUCUAACAACCUGGAACACCAUCCUCCAAGAUUUGUGGGAUUGAGAUAGCAACAGCACAUAGCCGGUUUCCAGAGCAGUUUUUAAUUUUUUUCAGCUCAUGCUUGGAUCUGGUUUGGGUGACACGUUUGGCUGUUUGCUUAUAAGCAUCAGUGAGGCUACGUUAGCCUUAUAGCGAGGUCGAUCGCCUGGCCUGUGACGUAGCACUGACGCAGCCCCAUCCACACCCGUAAUAGUUGCCCAAGCUCUUCUUGUCUACCACUCCCUCACUCUUCAAAAGCCAUCCAUCCACCAACAAACAACCUCUUCCAAUCAAAACACCGCACAGGAUGAAUCGAUUCAGCUUCAGGACCGCCAUCGGGCUCUUGGUCAGCUCCUCACUCCUGUCGAAUGGUGUCCUCGCUGGUUUGGAGGAUGCUAAACAUUCCACUAAGCUCGAUCAUACCAACUUUGAUGCUCAAAUUCAAGUACCAGAAGUUGGAACUCUUGUUGCAUUUUUCGCUCCUUGGUGUGGUCAUUGCAAAAGUUUACUCAAUCCUUGGGACCAGGCUUCCAAAGCGUUUGAGACAGACUCCAAGUGUCGAAUCGCCCAUUUCGAUGCGGAUGCUUCAGCUAACCGAGACAUAGCGAGCCGAUUCAGCGUAUCAGGAUUUCCAACCAUCAAAUUUUUAUUCAAGGAUAAGAGCAAAGCUGCAAUCGACUACCAGGAAGCCCGAUCCGCCGAAGCUAUCAUCAAGUUUCUCAACAAACAGUGCGGUACAUUCAGAGCAUCAGGUGGUCUACUUCUUCCCGAGGCCGGGCGGGUCGCCGGUUUGGACGAAAUAGCCAAGUCUUUCCUCGGCCUUUCCAGCGAGGAACGGCCUUCGAUCAUCGAAAAAGCGACCGAGCUUGCCUCAUCUGCCUCCGAAAAGAUGGCCUCCUAUUACGUGAAGGUGAUGAACAAGUUGGCAACUGACGAAUCCUGGCUCAGCAAGGAGUCCGAGCGUCUGAAGAAGCUGGCUGAGAAGGGAGCUACCAUGGCAAGUGAAAAGUUCGAGGAGCUUCAAAUUAAGCAAAACAUCUUGCAAGCUUUCAUGACAGUCAAAGAGGCCGGAGAACAUGUGGUUGACAAGGUUACUGGGGAACUAUAGACUCAUUUGGAAUAUAGAAACAAACUGGCUAGAUAAGGAACGGCUCGAUCGACAUCUUCUCACUAUCUUCAUAUGGCUAGAGCUUUUUUCAUACAUGCAAAGCAAUCCAAUCUUCUUUCUUGCUUUUGAUACCGAGGGAUGAUGACAACCUUGAACGCAAACGUAUGUGUUUGCAACUAUACAUUAUUCAAGUGAACGGUUACAACACAGUCCAAUGUUUGUAGUUUUCAUUGAUCCUGGCAUUCCUGAUAGCUAGUGAGAGAAAUGCUGUGACCCAACAAGGUUGAUGAUUCAAGAG